AUGGCAAUUACACAUACAGCUCAGGACGUCAUCACAGCGCUGAACCUCGCCCCUCAUCCAGAGAAGGGCUACUACGUCGAGACAUUCCGAGACGCAAAUACAUCACCAGAAGGUCGCGCAAACAGCACUUACAUCUACUACCUCCUCGAGGGCGAGUCCGGCCUAUCGUACUGGCACCGUGUGCUCGACGCCGUCGAGGUCUGGCAUUAUUACGCUGGUGCGCCGCUACGGCUCUCGCUAUCAUGGGACGAUGGCAACCCUGUUCGCGAUCUCGCUCUCGGCCCGGAUAUUUGGCGGGGUGAGAGGCCGCAGAUUGUUGUUGAGCGCGGAGAAUGGCAGCAUGCGCUGUCUUUGGGGGACUGGACUCUCGUGGGUUACUCUGUUGCGCCUGGGUUUGAGUUUGGGAGCUUUGAGAUGGCGGAUCCAGGCUGGGAGCCAAAGGGUGCAGCGAAGAAAUGA